AUGGGGCGAUUUGCCAAUGUUGACACCUGGGACCCGGCUGUCAAUGUCACAAACUGGCUUCUCGUUGUCGUGGCCGGUCUGAGUGUCCUCAUCCGGCUGGGAACGAAGCUGUGGAUCUUCCACAGACUUACCAGCGAUGACUAUCUCAUCAUUGCAGCGUUGGUCUUCUGCAUUGGGCAGUCUGCGUCCAUCUCUAUAGCAAUUGAGCACGGAUAUGGCUAUCAUUUCACCACAGUCUCGAGCCAUAACUUCAACCAGGUCAUGAAAGCCCAGUACUCCGCAUACAUCCUCUACAUCGCAAGCCUGUGCUUCUCCAAGCUCUCCCUCUGCACAUUCAUCCGCAACUUAACCCCAGUGCACAAAGACCACUUCCAAGCCGCCAUCCUGCAGAUCGCCAUCGCUGUCCUGGGAAUAACCGGUGUUUUGGGUACGGCCUUUGAAUGCCACCUGCCCCGGACAUGGGACUAUAUGCACGGGGAAUGCAUCAACUUGCGCGCCUGGAACUACUUCAUAUCCGUCGCGAAUAUCGUCACAGACGCCAUGAUUGUCUCGCAAGCACUGGUCCUCAUCUUCGGUAUCCAGGCUACAUGGAAGAAGAAGCUCAUGUUCGCUAGUAUCUUUCUCUCAAGAAUCAUUGUAAUCCUAGCAACCAUCGCCGAAAUGGUCCUCCUCCGGCACAAGCACGGUUCCGAUUCCGCAGAUCCAACAUACGACUACUGCGCGUCCACAAUCGCAAUGCAAGUCGUGCAGUGCGCCAGUAUCGUCACCGCGUGCUGGGGCCAGCUUAAGCCGUUCUUGAACCAGCUCAAGUCGAAUGGGUUGCAGAUUCGCGGGGUGGAGUAUCAGUCUUCGACGUGGCUGAGGGGCAAGAGUCAUUCGUCCAAGUCGAGGUCUUAUGGGCUUUCUGGGAGGCAUGGCAAUAGUAGUCGUGGAAGGGAGCAGGGGGAGCAGCAUGAGCUUGUUCCUGUUGCUGCUGCGGGGAGGAAUUUGACGACGGUCGAGGCUGAGGCGUCCAGGGGGUGGGAUGCUGAUAGUCAGUCGAGUCAGGUUGGGAUUAUUCGUGAGACGAGGACUUGGGUUGUCAGUGGCCAUGAUGGGCGUGUCCAUAGCCAUCAGUCGUAG